GGACCCGGGCAGGCGGGGGGCGGCGGGCGCUGCUCAGAGCCCCGGUCCCCUCGGCGGCGGGCGGAAGGCCGGAACGGCAGCGCCAUCCCUAGCCCGGCUGUGCCGGGGGCGGCGGGGCCCAGUCCCGACCCGGAGGAGAGCUACGACUUCCUCUUCAAGCUGGUGCUCAUCGGGGACGCCAGCGUGGGCAAGACCUGCCUGGUGCAGCGCUUCAAAACCGGGGCCUUCGCCGAGCGCCAGGGCAGCACCAUCGGCGUGGACUUAACCAUGAAGAGCCUGGAGAUCCAGGGGAAGCGGUUGAAAGUGAGCGGCUAG